AAUGCGAAACUAUGAGAAAGAUUAUUCGAACUAAUUACAUUUUGUCGUCUCUUGAAAGAACAAACAAUAAUAAUAAUUUUAUUAUUACACAAAAAAGAAAUAUAUAAGAAAUGAUAACAAAUUAUUCCAUGUUUAAUAAAAUAAACAAAUUUAAUUGACAUAAAUACAUAAUUACAUAUAUAUUUUCGCUUAAAUUCAAAAAUACUUUUUAUCUAUAAUUGUAAAUUGUACAUAAUGUUUCUAGUAUAGUUGCUAUGGAAACAAGGUAAUUUAGCAUAUUUAAAAAAGACUUAUUAGAGAUUUUUGCGUUUCUUUUUUCAAUUACGCAAUUUGUAUUUUAUACAUUUGCACAAUUUCUUUUUAAUAUUUUAAAUAUUUAACGAAACAAUGAUGACAAUGUCUAAUUUACAAGAAGUAAAAACAAAUUAUUUGUGUCAAUGUACUCUUUCUAUCACCGACGAAAUUGUAUCAAAGCAAAUUUCUGAAACCAAAGACAAUUUUAAUAAUGUUCCAAGCAUACAUGAAGUUGAUGAAGAUGAUGAUGAGGAUGAUAAUUGCGAAGCCAAUAUUAUAAAUUCAAAAAAUUUACGAGGUAUUAAAGAUCAUGAAACUGAAAAGGAUAAAGAAAAAGGUUCCCUCGAUGAUGAAUUUGCAUAUACAAAUGAAUCUUUUUGUUCUGAUGAUUCUUGUGAUGAAUCAGAGGAAACUACAUCACAAUACUUAAAUAAUGGUUCUUGCUUAUUUUUUGAUGAUGAUAAUAAAUAUGAAGAAAAUAGGAAAUUAGAAAAUUUGAGUGAAAACGACGAACAGAUAAAUUACGAUAGAGAAAGCAAAGAAAGUAUAAACAUAGAAAAAAAUGAAAGGAUAUGGCACAAUAAUGAAAAAAAUAUAGAUUUUGGAAAAACAAGAACAAGAAGAAAGAAUAUGAGCUUUACAGACGAGGAAAUACGGAAAAUUGAACAUGAAAAUGAACUUUUAUUAAGAAAAAUAAUGGCACAACAUCAACCUCGUGAUAAAGUUCUUAGAGGAAAUAAUCUACCUAAAAUAAGUAGUUCAGCUAUAAAUAGAAAAAGAUUACAAAAGAAGAUAGAGGGAGAUAAUAUGGUACUUCUUCGUAGAAUACAACAAGCAAAACCAUGUGUGAUACCAAAAUUAACUGCACCAGGCUAUAGAAUGACUUUUAUAUGAUUAUCAAAUUAAUUAGAGUCUAAGAUUGCUAUAUUUAUAUCAAGAUUUUAUUUACUAAAUCUAUAAUUAUAUGUUUUUAAAAAUGUAUAAAAUGU